AUGCUUGAGAAUGAAAUAAAUUGGAAAAAUAAUCACUCUUUUCAACAAUUAAACUUUGGAGAGCAAUCGAUAAAAAAGAUGGGCGAUUGGGAUGAUGAAGAUUUCGAGGUCAACGUGGAAGCAUUGGAUGAACGACGAAUCGACGUUUUUUCAGAAAAUGAAGAAGAAAUAAGUGAGAAAUUAAAAAAACUAGAAACAAGUAAACCACAAGUAAAAGAAAAGGAAAAGGCUGUCAAAGGCUUUUCAGAAGUUGUCAGCCGUGAUUUGACUGAGCGUGAGCAAAUAGAAAUCCAGAGACAAUCGGAUUUCAGAUUAGCAAAGGAUUUAUUUGAUUCAAAACAAAUGAAAAGUAAAGAUGAAGAUGAUAAUCUUCUGUAUUCUGAGAUCGAUACAUUGGAAGAAUUCAGGAAUUUCGGAGAAAACUUAGGGAAAUUACUUAUCAUUCGAUCAAAAGCAACCAAUUACCAUGAAAUGCUUAUUUCACUUCUUAAAGUUAUCGUUCGUAAUAGUAUGUGUUUGCAACUUUGCAGCUUCGUGGAUGCUAGUAAAGUAAGGCAGUUAAGUAAUUUCCUUAAAACAAUGGCAGAUGAACAAACAGCAGCUGAGAAGGCGAACAAAGGAAAAAAUGCUUCGGCAAGCAAGCCUUCCAUUAAAGUAGCACAAAAAUCAACCGGCAAGUCAAACAAAAAAGAUUUAUAUGAUGAUUAUAUUGCCGACGAAUAUGAUGAUAUUGCAGACGAUUUUAUAAAUUUAUAUCAAAAGUAUUUCAAGGAUAUAGCACAGCUAAAAUUAGGAUUAAUUGAAUUAUUACGACGAUAUGAAUCGAGAUUUUACGUAAAAUUUAUGUACAUGAAGAAAAGCACUUCCGAAGGCAAAUCAGUUUUUAAGCUUGCUAUAGCUCUCUUUCAUAAUCUGUUCCCUAGCAAACCUACGAAUCCUGUUUCUUUACCUUAA